UAUAAGAAGACCAUUGAAACCUUCAGUCAAAACAAGGUAGGUUAUCCAGAGUGUAGUUUUCGCCUCAAAACCAGCAAAAUGAACAACAAAGGUAGUCUAUCCUCUUAAAUGCUACAGAAAUCACAACAAACCCAAAGUGACCUCCGAAUCACACAUGUUAAUUGGAACGGACUGCACAUUCUCCUGAAGUACUUUGAAUGACUCUUCUAAACUAGCCCAAAAAUAUUACUCACCUGCACUUAAAGUGUUGUUGUCUAUUAACCCUAGCACAACAUCAAAACGCAGACACCGCAGGAGGGUUUAUAGAUGUGUCACCUUGUAGUCCUUGAGAAUGAGAGACAAUUAGUACAAAAAGAGAACAUCCUGUAUGCUAACCAUGACCUGUGUUUGUGUACCUUUUGUCUGCCGUGUGCUCCCCAGCUCUGCAUGGCUGUGUGUUGCUACUACUCUGGCCCUUCCAGGGCACUACGGGGUCUACGGCGAAGUGUCAGGAUCCUGGCAGCGCUCACUGCACCAUCUCCCUGGAGAAACUCCUGGACCGGGCCAUCCAACACGCUGAGCUCAUCUACCUGGUCUCAGAGGAGUCUCUCACCUUGUUUGUGAGUACACCCUACCGGAAAUGUAUGUAAAAAAAAAUGUUUUGGAAAUACAACAAUAAAAAAAAAAAAUUGUAGCACAAAUUGAAUUGUAACACAUUAAAAAUGCAUUCUACCUCAUCUUUGCUUUCACAAACACAUGAAUAGCUAGUUUGGAGUGCAUGUUUAGUUUCUAAAUACAUUUGAGAUGUAUUGGAAACAGGUUAUUAUAACAUUUCACGUCUGUCUUGGUCUGUCUUCUUUCAUUCAAACUUUCUCUUGAUUUUGAUCGAUUGGAUCACUCCUUUGUAUAUGGAUCUGUCAUGCAGAGAUGUAGAUGGAGCUCAUGCCAAAUGUCUUCAUAACUUUAUUCAAACUUGAAUAAUCAUAACUGUAGUAUUUUCUGAGAAGUGUUAGAUGUAUAAACCUAUUACUAUUGCUAAUGCCUGAAUCAAACUGCACGUCUUUGAAGAUCCCAGUGAGAACUUGAAAAACUGUUUUAUCCGGUAUAGAAUGAUAUGAAGCGUGUACACUUAUUAAAAAAAACUAACAUAUGUUGUCGCUGUUAAAAUAUCCUUUAUAACGUCCCGUUUGGAAAGCUCAGUAUGGUUUGUGUGGUAGGGAAGUGAGGUUUGUGAACUCCCUGGAUGAAAACAGAUCAGAACACAAAUACAUUUCUCGUCAACAGAUGGCUUAUGCUGGAAGGGUCUUGCUACGCGCCAGUCUUUGUUAGUGUUUUCUUCUUUCUUUGUUCUAUUUCUCUCUCUGACUCCGUGUAGGAGGAGAUGUUUAUUCCCUUCCAUGUUCGAAUUCCGUUGAGUCGAACAGAGAACGCGUGCACCACCAGCACCUUAUCCAUCCCCACCUCCAGAAGUGAGGUCCAAGAAAACUCUGUAAGUGGGCAUGGUGACAGAGAGGCAAAGGCUGUAUUUACAUUGCCAGCUGUUUUUAAUUUAAAAGAAAAUCUUUCAAUGCAUCUUGCUCAUAAUAUCCUCUGCAUAUGAUGGGUUUUUGUGUUGACUGUAAGAGCUUGUUGCCAUUGUUUCUCUAUUUGGGCCUCUCUUGCAGGACAAGUGGCUUUUGCACUCCAUUCUGUUCCUAAUCAAGUUCUGGAUUGAUCCCCUGGUCAACCUGCAGACUUCGUUAGAUCGCUAUGACAACGCCCCCAUGGCACUGAUCAGCAAAACCAAGUGGAUAUCAGGCAAGCUGAUGAACCUGGAGCAAGGAGUGACCAUCCUCAUCCAAAAGGCGAGUCAUAGGUCAUAUCACUGUUGCAAACAGAUGUGCAUACAACACAUUGCUUUCAUGAGAUAUCCUAACACAUAGUGUCUCAAGCACUUUUGGAAGUAUUUUUGACAAAAUACAUACAAAAAUCAGUACAGUACAGUAUUUUCUCUCUCCCCAAACAUAGCUGUUUUGGUUUGUUUUAAAGCUAAUGAACGUGCUGUAUCUUUUCUUGCAGAUGCUGGGUGAGGGUGCUGUGAUGCUGGAGCAGAACGAGAGCCUGGCAGACUACCCUGUGCAUUUUGACAUGUUAGAGUCGGUGCUCAGGGACUAUACCUUACUGACCUGCUUCAAAAAAGACACCCACAAGAUGGAGACCUUUCUCAAGCUGCUCAAGUGCCAGCGGAAAGGUGGCCUGGGCUGCUCUAUUUUAUAG